GAGUGACCUCGCCAGCAGCAACAGCAAUAAAAGCUUCCCACUCACCUCACUUCUCUCUUCUUCCUCCUCUCUCUUACUCUCUCUUCCAUCAACUUUCUCUCUCCUCCUCCUCCGCACCUGCGAUUCCGGUGUCCUCUGUCGUCGUCGUCGUUGCCGUCGCAGAUCUUCAGCCGCAUUUUGUGGAUCUGCUGAGUAGUCCACCUGCAUUCAAUUGCACCGUAACCGAAGCUAGGGUUUUUGAUAAUUUGUGGUUGCGGAAAUGCGGCUGAAUUGAGAAAAAAAAAAACCCAAUUUCAAUGGAGUUCUCGAGUUUUCGCCAUUGUCAGUGGGGAGUUCAUUGGAAUUCUGGACGUUUAUUUGUAAGAUGACCUUUUUGUUGAAAUAAGAACUGAAAUCAGUGGUGGUGGCGGUGGACUGGUGGUUGUGGAAGAAGAUGCAACUUUCAGUGAUGCUGUUUCUCUUUGUUUUUCUGUUCUACCUUGCUGAUUUUUCUCAAGGAUUCAAGUUUGCACACAUAUACUUAUCUCCUCUUGCGCUUCCUAGCCAAUUCUUACUUAAAAGAGAAGUCUCAUUGCCCGGAGCCUAUUCUGGCACAUUGUCAUCUCCUAGGGCGAAGCAAUUGAUGCCGAAGACUAAGCCACCUGAAGGACCUUUAAUUGCUCCCUCGCCAUCUCCCGUAUAUCAAGGACCUGUUGCUGCUCCUCAUAAUAGAUACAUUCCAAGACAUCGUGGGCAUCAUCAUAAACCAAGGCCCUACCCGACCUCUCCACCCCCUGCCGCUGCACCAGAGUGUGGACAAACAUGUGUUGAUCCACUUACUGCUACUCCCAUUGGAACUCCUUGCGGCUGUGUUAUUCCAAUGAAAAUUCGGCUUUUGCUGAGUAUAGCUGUCUAUGCUCUCUUUCCGGAGGUUAAUGAGCUAGAAAUUGAGGUUGCUUCUGGCACAUAUCUCAAGCACAGUCAAGUUCAAAUAGUUGGUGCUACUGCUGAUGCCCAGAAUCAGGAGAGGACACUAGUUGAUAUUAACUUGGUUCCAUUGAAUGAGAAGUUUGAUAACACCACUGCUAUACUGAUUUAUGAUAGAUUGAGGCAAAAGAAGGUGCCUCUUAAUAGAACUCUUUUUGGUACCUAUGAUGUUGUUUAUGUAAACUAUCCAGGGAUUCCUACGUCAUUUCCUCCUGGGUCCUAUAUGGGUAGUCCAACUGGAAGUGUUGGGGAUGGGCCUCCACAAUAUCCAAUUACUGCUGAAUUUAUGAAGAAAAAGCGAAAACUAAGUUCCAAACUUGUCUUCGUUAUUGUUUUUUCUGCAUUAGUUCUAUUGGUGGCUUGCAUCGCAAUGAUUGCUGUAUUAAUAAAAUGGAGAAAAGCUAGAAAAUCAUCCAAUGCAAUUGGACCUGUAUUCACACCAUCAGUCAACAAGAAAAAUGGUGUAGGCUCAACUUUGUCAAGCAGCUUAGCAAGCUCCACAUCCAUGUCACUCUUUGCAUCCAUUCCGACUUGUGCACUUUCUGUGAAAACUUUUACACUUGUUGAACUUGAGAAGGCUACAGAUAAAUUCAGUUCAAGGAGAAUUCUGGGUGAAGGAGGGUUUGGACGUGUCUAUCAUGGCAUUCUGGAAGAUGACACUGAGGUUGCAGUUAAGUUGCUAACUAGGGAUAAUCAGAACAAUGGAGAUCGUGAAUUUAUCGCAGAAGUUGAAAUGCUGAGCCGGUUGCAUCACCGGAACCUUGUGAAGCUAAUUGGUAUAUGCAUUGAAGGACACAGACGAUGCUUGGUGUAUGAGGUUGUACAUAAUGGCAGUGUUGAGUCUCACUUGCAUGGUGUUGAUAAGGUAAAGGGGCCUCUGGAUUGGGAUGCGAGGUUGAAAAUUGCUUUGGGUGCUGCCAGAGGAUUGGCAUAUCUGCACGAGGACUCCAAUCCUCGAGUUAUUCACCGAGAUUUUAAGGCCAGCAAUGUUCUUCUAGAAGAUGACUACACUCCAAAGGUGUCAGAUUUUGGAUUAGCAAGAGAAGCAACAGAAGGAAGCCAGCAUAUAUCUACCCGUGUUAUGGGAACUUUUGGGUAUGUUGCUCCUGAAUAUGCAAUGACUGGGCAUUUGCUGGUGAAAAGUGAUGUUUAUAGUUAUGGGGUUGUUCUAUUGGAGCUUCUUACUGGACGGAAGCCUGUGGAUAUGUCCGAGUCUCAAGGACAAGAAAAUCUAGUAACAUGGUCACGGCCUCUUUUAGCCAGCAGAGAAGGUGUAGAGCAGUUGGUUGACCCUGCCUUGGCUGGAAACUAUAAUUUUGACGAUAUGGCCAAGGUAGCAGCAAUAGCUUCCAUGUGUGUCCACCCUGAAGUGACCCAUAGGCCCUUCAUGGGCGAAGUUGUACAGGCUCUUAAACUUAUCUACAACGAUAAUGACGAGACCUGUGAAGAUUGUGGUAGUCUAAAGGAUUCUUCAGUUCCAGAUUUGGAUUCAAAGAGUGAUCUUGGACCAUCGGACAACGGGUGGUGGAAUGGUGGUGGUGCUACACCCCGUUUGAUUUAUGGACAGGCUUCAUCAUUCAUAACUAUGGACUAUAGUUCUGGUCCCCUUGACGAGAUCGAUAACAGACCGUUUUCAACUUCAAGUUUGGCUGGGGAACGGGUAUCUUUGCCUAUAACACAUGGUAAUAGAUCUGGUCCAUUAAGAACCGUUAGAAGCAAACCAUCAUUCUACAGAAUGAAGGGGAGUAUGAGUGAACAUGCAGGUUUCCUCUCUAGACGAGGUCGGAGUGAUGGCCUCUGGGGUUGAAGGGUUUUAUGUGUAAAAGAAAAAAGGUUUUUCCUAAGUGUACAGUUCGGAGUGUCGCAGAAAAUGGUAUUUCAGGUGUAGCUAGAAUAGGGAAUCUAGUAUUAUUGUGUAUUCCAUAUUUUGAGGAAAACCAUGGUUUUCAACUUUGAAAUCGAUUCAUUACCAUACAGAGCUGGCAUUUGUAAGUUGAUUGGACGCUACCCUCUUUUUAAGUAUAUAAAUUUCCAUCUUAUUUUAUUGA